UCUCUGAUGGACUCUCCAGUUUGUCUGGGGAACAUUUUUGUGAUGGUAUAACAAGGUUUUUUUUUUUUUUGUCCCUUGUUCCUUAAAUCACUGUUUUCAAGUGUUUUUCAGGGUUUUCAUAGAGCUUGGCUUUGUCCUUCUGAUUGUAACAGUACUUGCGUGUAUUUAAUUGUCUGUUUUUCUAUUAUACUUUUACAAGUAAACUAUUUGAAAUGCAGAAAUAUCGCAGUCACUCUAACACUCUAGGUUACUGAUUAAGUUUAUCACAACUGUAUGGAAAGAGUCUCCAGUACAAGUGCUGUAUGUACAGAAUGAUUUGUUUCAUAAAUGUUCCAAGAUACUCUUGCUGGGUUCUAUUAGUCCUGAUGUCCAGGAAGGUUAUUUUAAAUUUUUCCUAAUUUUUAAUAUAUAUUUUAAUAGUAUAAUAAUUUAAUAGCCUUGUGUACUUUGCUGAACUUAAAUUUCCGAUUUCUUUUCUACAUCUGAGAAUAUAGAUCAUCUUUUUAGAAAAAGUGCCCCCUAGGUGAAUGUGACCAGCCUUACAUACCUCAUUUAUCAGUUACUAUUCAAAACUCCCAUCCAAUCAUGUCCCCCUGCUUGGUCUGGCUAUUUCUGGUGCAGUGGCAACUGGGCUCAGAUAAAGGAAGAAUCUGAAAGGUUGUUGCAGUGGUAGUUUCAGGGGGAACUGAAUGGUCCCUCAACCAUUCUCUCUGACUUCGGUCUCUUCAUGAAGACUUGAUAUUCGGCUACGUUCUCUGUAGUCACUGUGUAGGUCAAGAUGGAUGACCUGCACCAUAAACUAGACCAGCUUUUAGCGCAUAGCUUUAGGGGAAGCUGCCCAACUUGUGAGAUGUGCACCCAUCACAGCCGGCAGCAAGAGGCUACAGCCAGCCAGCUCUCUGCUCAGGCCAAGAUACUCGAGCGCCUGGAAAGGAACGUCAUGGACCUGAAGAAUGCACUGGAGGAACUGACACAAAGCCUAGAAGGGAGUAUUUGUGAAAAAAUGGCUGUACCUUUAGCAGCCCUGCAAAGGAGGAAAUCGUUGCCCGUUCGCACGUCGGUGGACGAAGUCUAUGUGCAGUUGGAUAAACUCAGAGAUCAAAAAAUAAUCCAGCAUACGUUUAAUGCGCCCUGUGGGAAAGGUCAGGAAGAGAUUCUGAUUGAAGCCACAGAAGGUGAGGGGCUAAGAGACGGCAGAUCGUCACUCAGAUAUGACUGUGCAGAAAUCAAAGCUAACAAAGAUUUAAUAAAAGUGACCCCAUGCACCACAUCACCACUAUUUGGGAAUAAAUCACCAGAUACUGCCAAGAUCGGACAAGCAAAAUCAUUUAGUACAAAUAGAUCCAAGACAGCAGGAGUGACAGGUUGUACAUCUUCAGUGACCGCAAAGAUGGAUACGCUUACAGUUCCAUCAAAGAUGCAUAUUCCACCACCAGAAGUGAUUACUCCAUCAGCAAGGAGAAUUCCACCAACACUGGAAAUGACAAUGCCAAAACCAAAGAUGAGUACAGAUCCACCAAAAAUGGAGACACCUUCAGCGAAGGUGAUCGUUCCUCCACAAAAGGUUGCACCGACUACAAAAAGCACACCGGCAACAACACAAACCCUAAAACCAAAAAUCACACAAGCUCCUUUUCCAUUUAAAGCAACGGUGUCUUCACCUACCACAACAACCAUACAAACUUCAGUAGCAGGAUCUACAACCAUAGCAACAAAUCAGAAGAUCCCUGGUUCAUGGACUGCUUCAGUCACAACAUGUCCAACGUCUGCAUCCAGUAGUUUUCCAAGGUCUAAUGUAACAGAGAAUGCACCACCACCAUCAUCAGUUCAUAGUCUUCAAAAGGAAAGUUUGGGAGUUCCUGUUGUAACGUCACAAGGCCAAGAGAUGUCUCUGCAAAAAUCUGCGCAAUCACUUGCGUUGGAAACAGUCGACUCAAACUUAUCCCAGUCAAACAGCACUGGCACAGGACUAAUAAAGACAACUGGACCUUUGCUUACAAGCAUGGUCACCUCCAAACUCAAUUCUCCACCAAAAUCCCAAGCAACAGAGAACAUCACACCGAGCCAUAAACUUCCAAAGGCUCCUCUAUCAACACCACAAAACCUAGACAAGCCUUCAACAAAUGCACAAACAACAAAAACCCUUACAACGAAAUCAUCUACCGUGUCACCCGUCACCACAUCAGCGGCGACCUCCUUUCUCCAACAUGUCUACAGCUGUCCCGAAUCCUUGCAAAGUCUUCAGGUCCCUGGGGAAAAGGUUGAGCCUGCGACCACAGUAACACCACUUUUUGGGAAAUCUGGGAAUGGGCCAACAGGAAUCACCUGCACCAGCCCGCAAAAGACUGGAGGGAUACAAAUUAAAAUAAGUCCAGCAUCUGAGAAAACCACAAAUCAAAAUGUCAAAAUACCGCCCAAGACCUGCUUCAAAAUUAUAGAUGAUGUUCCUCCACAGCCUGCACCUUUCUCACAUCGGUGUGUGUCUCUAAAGACGAGCCCACCGUCUGACUUCAGCAUCCACACUCGAGAGGUGCUGGGAGGUGGUCGGUUUGGCAAAGUGCACAAAUGCACAGAGAUUAAAAACGGGCUUAGACUGGCAGCGAAGAUCAUCAGUACCAGAUGUGCCAAAGAGAAGGAAAUGGUGCUGAAUGAGAUCGAAGUAAUGAACCAACUGAGUCAUGCCAACAUCCUUCAGCUGUUUGAUGCCUUCGAGACCAAAAAUCAAGUAGUGCUGGUUCUGGAGUAUGUGGAAGGAGGGGAGCUGUUUGAGAGGAUUGUGGAUGAGAGCUGCCCCCUGACCGAGGUGGACGCCAUGGUGUUUGUGAAGCAGAUAUGCGAGGGGGUCCAUUACAUGCACCAGAUGUACGUCCUUCACCUCGACCUAAAGCCAGAGAACAUCCUUUGUGUGAAUCGGUCCAGCCAUCAGAUCAAGAUCAUCGACUUUGGGCUUGCCAGAAGGUACAAACCACGAGAGAAGCUCCGAGUUUCAUUCGGGACACCUGAGUUCCUGGCACCAGAGGUGGUCAACUUUGACUUUGUUUCCUUCCCUACAGAUAUGUGGACACUAGGAGUUGUCACAUACAUGCUAUUAAGCGGCCUUUCUCCAUUUCUGGGUGACGAUGACAGCGAAACCCUAAACAACGUAUUAACAGUAAACUGGUAUUUUGACGAGGAGACGUUUGAGCAUGUCUCAGCUGAUGCCAAAGACUUCGUCUCCAACCUGCUCAUCAAAGAGAGGGGUGGACGUCUUAGUGCUGCUCAGUGUCUUAAGCACCCCUGGCUGAAUAAUAUAUCAGAGAAAGCAAAGGGAAGCAAUAUUAUCCUAAAGUCGCAGGUUCUUCUCAGGAAAUACAUGGCCAGGCGGCUGUGGAAGAAAAACUAUAUCGCUAUAGCUGCAGCCAACAGGUUUAAGAAGAUCGGCAGCUCGGGAUCACUCACAUCACUGGGAAUUUGACGUUCUUCUUCACUGACUUGCACCAAACUUAACGUUAUUUUUAUCAUGCCCACCGUUACCGUUAUUGCUCAGGAGAUCGUUUUAAUAUCGAAAGAUAAACUGAAGUAAUGUUAGUUCUAUAAAUAGAUUUUAUUCCUGCCUCAUGCACAGAGUUUCCAGGAAAGGCUCCAGAGACACCAUGACCCUGAUCAGAAAAAAAAAGUGGUUACUAAUGUUUGCAAUGUUUGACAUUUAGCUCAAGUGACAUCACAGUUCCCAACAGCAAUGAAUAUGAAGUAAUACAUAACUAGCAAUAAAGGGGAACAGUGUUUUAGUGAGCAUGUUUGCCUGCAGGUUUGGGGUAUGAUUCCUGCCUUUGAACCUGUGUUUGGAGUUUGCAUGUUCUCCCAUUGCUUUGUUUGGUUACCUUACCCAGCACAAAGACACGUUGUAGGUUGAUCGGCAUCUCUAAAUUGUCUGUAUUGUGUCUAUAAAUAAAUAGACAAUAAACACCACAUGGAAAUCACUUCAUCAGACUAUAUAAAUGACUACGUAUUGUAACACUGGUGUAUUGAUACUGAUUGAUUCCCUACUAUCCCAUGGCACUCAAGGCACAAGGCAGAUAAAGGGUGUCGACACAUUGCAGGGUACAAUCACACACCAGGCCAUUUUAGGGAUGCAAAUGCAUGUCUUUGAACCCGAGUAUAAAACUGGAGUAUCGAGAGGAAACCUCCAAAGAACAUGCAAACUUCCUGAUGAAAGGGUUGAAGUGGGAAUUGAACCACCAACUGCAGAAGUGUAGGGCAAUCGUGAUGACCACUACCACCGUGCCCUUCUUCACAUAUCUGACCCUUAUUUUUCAGCAUUUACCCUUAUGUUGACUUUACCUGAGUUUUUCCUCUCAAAACUUACUCACAGCUAUGUUCCAUGCACCAUGACCCAACACUGGAAAAGGGACUUCCGAUAUGCUUUGUUUCCUUGUUUCCUUUCUUCUGUGGAAAUAGCUGUAAUAAAUAAUGUCUGUUAGUGUUCUAGCCAUCAUGAUUAUUUUUUCUAAAAGGUCAAAGUUUAGUUUCCAUUAUAUGCUUUAGAUUUGCAAUUCUCUCUCUCUCUCUCUCUCUCUCUCUCUCUCUCUCUCUCUCUCUCUCUCUCUCUCUCUCUCACACACACACACACACACACACACUCACUCACUCAAUCUCUCAGUAUUCUAUGUAUAUUGCUAUAACCUAAGUUUCCUCAGUGUCUUCAUUUGUAAUCUUGAUAUGUAUUGGAAUAAAAUAUGGAUAGACCUUAUAAGGUGCUUAUGAUGUUUCUGAACAUACAAUUUGAUUCUUUCAGAAGGUGGAUAAGAUCUACAAUUAACAAUUUCUUCCAUUUCUGUUUAUCUGCUGUUUCUGUAUAUUGUAUAUAGAAUCAGACACGUGUAAUGCCACAGUGAACACUAUAUUAUUCAACUGGAUCUAUUGUCACAGUUAUGCAGAGUAAAACUCAGCAUAACAAUUCCGGUGGCCUCUUCAUCUUCUUCCUGGUUGAAGUACAGUAUUAUAGACAUGCCAGGCAACUUUUGUUGAUCUAUUUGUCUUUAUGAACCAAUUUCAUCAAACAGAUUUAAAGAAUAAGUGUCCAGACACAUUAACGAACAAGCCAAAGACGAAAGAACAAAGACCUUCAAACAUUAGGAAACAGGAACUGAUACUUAAAAAGGAGAACACAUGCAACUAGUGUUAAACAACUUUAGUGUUUAACGCAGGAAGUGUGUAAUAAAAAGUACAUGGGAAUAAAUGUUUGUGAAAGGUGCUUCAUUAAAAGAAAGGAAACGUCCCUUAAAUACAGCAAGGCUCGGUGUGGGGAGAUGACCAGAGAUCAGUCAGAGGGAGAAACUAGAAAAUGUUUAACAA